GAAUCACUUCCUGUUUUUUUCAAUGCCGUCUUGACGCAUGACGAUUGCACAUAAACGUGUCUGCGAUGAGUUAAUUAACUGCUAAAAUUCCUCAAUUUUCACUGUUGUCUCGUCAAAAUUCUACUUCGGCAUUAAAGGAUAAAGAGCUCUUCAGCUUACCGGCGACUGACAGUCACAACAUUACGCUGGUGUCAUUGUGACGUGUCGUUGUCGCGGUCAUGAAUCACUUUAAGAAGAACAAAGGCCCUAACACGGUGGGACAGAGAUCCAACGAAGAAUUAUGGACACGGACAGGAACUUUUGUGAAUAAACCACAGAAAGGAUGGUUGCACUCGGAGGAAAAGGUCAAACAAGGCGGAGUUUGCUACGGUGUCACGUAUGUCGGCUGCAUUGAGGUCAAACAGUCCAUGAGAACUUUACCGUUUGAAAUGAGGGGACAAGUCACGAAAGAGGCCAUCUUCAGAGUCUGCGACGCCGCUGGCUUCAGAUACAGCAGAAAAAAGAAGGGCAGCAAGUCCAUUAAUAAGAUUCUGGGCGACAUACCGAACAUCCAAUUUGGAGGAGCUAACGUCAAUCUGACGAUCUCAACAUCGAGUAUUACUUUGACUAUCAUGGAAACCGGUCAGGUAAUUGCGGGUCAUCAAAUGCAAGGAAUCUCGUUUGCUUCUGGAGGUGAUGCUGAAACUGCAGACUAUGUUGCUUACGUUGGGAAAGAUCCCGUCAAUGGAAGAGCAUGUCACGUCUUGGAAUGCCUCGGGGGUCUAGCCCAAGACACAAUCACCACCAUCGGUCAGGCGUUCGAGAUUCGCUUCAAAGAUUACCUCAAGAACCCCCCACAAGCUGUCAAUGCACCAGAUAGGUUAGCGGAGCCAAUCUUUGGGGAGGAGGAGUCGGCGUGGGGUGACGAUCCGGAAUAUUACAACGACAUCAGCAAGUUUACUAACCUCCCCCCACAGGAACCGUUCCCUCCCCCGCCCCCUCCGGGGCAAUACAUGAAAUGUCAAAACAUCCCGGAUAAUCACCCUUACCAGGCGUUGGGUGCAGCUAAGCCCUCCGCGCCGAUCUACGACAAUCGCGACGGUGGGUUUGAGAGCCGAGACCACUACAUGGCCAACAACCAACGCCAGCCAGCCGUGGGUAAACUGUUGGAUAUCGACGACACACCACAAGCACCAGCGCUGGACAACCCACUCAGUAGUCAAGGAGCCAACUCAAUUUACGACGAGCCUCGGUUUGACACGGCCAACUAUGACAACCCCAAGAUGCCACUAGUGCCACCCGAUACGGACUUCCAAGAUGGUGUCUACAACAUCCCUACCCCUAACCAACCCCUGAACCUUGGCGCGUCCCACAACGGUCAGAAUCAGCCUUCACCGGCCGUAGAUGCCUUCGAUAUGAAACCGUUCAAUCCGGCUGCGUCCUUCCCCCGUGAACCAGCAACAGUACCGCCCCCUUCUCAGUUUGCCAAACCGCCCAACCCCCAACCAAGAACCCCGCCUACCCAGCAGGCCACGCCCCCGACUCUGUCACACUCUAAAUCAGCGAUCCCUCCGCCUCCAACUCACAAGCCGCCUCCCCCUCCGAUCGCCGAAGCCCCGCCCCGUACCGGUCCCCCUGCCGCGGUCUUACCGCCGCGCAACGGUCAGCCGGUCAGCGUUGCUCCCAUGCAACCCAAGAAAUCCAUUCAUGACGAGGAGUGGUUCCACGGUCCGAUGACGCGUAAGAUCGGUGAAGCGUUACUGGACGAGGAUGGAGAUUUCUUAGUACGUGAAAGUACAACGACGCCAGGGCAGUACGUGUUAAGCGGAAUGCUUAGCGGACAACCGAAGCAUUUAUUGUUGGUAGAUCCACAAGGAAAGGUCAGGACGAAAGACAAGGAGUUUGAAAGCGUCAGCCACCUGAUCAAUUAUCAUCGCAACAACAAUCUGCCGAUCAUAUCCGGUGGGAGUCACGUCUAUCUGCAACACCCGGUCCUGAACGCAACAGCCGCGGGCAAGCAUUACAACUAAACAAUCAGUGUUUUGUAGUCGGGAUAUUUGCGAUGGAUCAUAAGCAUGUCGUAAGUCCAAUCACAAGCAAAUCACAAGUCGUGGCACAAAUAUUAACAGGGAUUGAACAAAAAAGGAAUACAUUUAUCACAGACUGUUUUAAUAGCAUGUGAGUUAAAGGGAAUAUACAACUUUACAAACAUCAAAAAACAAAACUACCAAAUUAUUAUGAAAUACCUUACU